AAAGAUCGAACACCAAAAAGAGACUUGAGGAAUUUUGUCACCAGAAAAAACAUGGCCCAUAUAGCUGUUGAGAGGAACAGGAGAAGGCAAAUGAACGAGAAUCUCAGGGCUUUACGCUCUUUGACUCCAUGCUUCUAUAUUAAAAGGGGCGACCAAGCAUCCAUCAUAGGAGGAGUAAUAGAAUUCAUCAAGGAAUUGCACCAGGUUCUUCAGUCUUUGGAAUCCAAGAAGAGAAGAAAGAGCUUAAGCCCUAGCCCUAGUCCUAGCCCAAGACCACAACUGCAACUAACUCAUCCUCCUCCUCUUCCUACUCCUGACAGUCCUUUUGGGCUUGAAAAUGUUAAAGAGUUGGGCGCGUGUUGCAAUUCUCAUGUUGCAGAUGUCGAGGCCAAGAUCUCUGGCUCCAAUGUUAUUCUUAGAACAAUAUCUAAGCGAAUCCCUGGACAAAUUUUGAAAAUAAUUAUUCUCUUGGAGAAACUUGGAUUUGAGAUCCUCCAUAUCAGCAUCAGUAGCAUGGAAGACACUGUCUUAUACUCCUUCAUUAUUCAGAUUGGGCUCGAAUGCCAGCUUAGUGUGGAGGAUCUAACAGUUGAAGUUCAACAGAGCUUCUGCCAAGAUGUUAUUUGCGUGAAUGAGAGAGCUUUGUAAGAUUGAUCAAACAUUUGUGAUAAUAAGAAAUUCUAUAACGCUUUAAUGUAGAGACAAUUCAUUUCAUGUUCAUACUUUAGAUAUUAAGUAGUGACAAAAAUUUUUUUGCUGUUCAUAGAUAUCCGAAGCUAAGCAUGGCCUUUUCGCAAGGAUGUUAAGCACUAGAAGAGAAA